CAAUAAUAUAUCCCAUACACCUCUGCAUCAUCAAUAAUUCCCUCAAGAUCGGUUUACUUGACUCACCACCCACAACCCACAAAUGGCUGAAAUAGUUCUCUACGACACUGCUGGGAGCAUCAUUAGGAGUUUGAGCUCUCUUGCUCUCCAAGAGAUUGGAGUGUUAUGGGGUUUCAAAAAUGAGCUUCGAAAGCUCGGGGACACCGUUUCCACCAUCCAAGCUGUGCUUUUGGACUCGGAGGAGAAGCAGGCCCAUAACCAUGCGAUCAAAGAUUGGCUUCGAAAGCUCAAGGAUGCCAUGUACGACGCCGAUGACUUGCUGGAUGACUACUCCACUCAACUUCUACGCCGACAACUGAUGACACGGGAUAAGAAGAUGGCAAAACAAGUACGCAUCUUCUUUUCCAAAUCGAACCAGCUUGUAUAUGGCCUUAAAAUGGGUCAUAGGAUCAAGGCAGUUAGGGCGAGACUGGAUGAAAUUGCAACUGAUAGGAUCAAAUUUGGCUUCAAUGAGCAUUCCACAGCGACACAGUUUGAGCAUAUGAAAAGACAAGAUACACACUCAUUUAUACAUGGGGAAGAUGUCAUUGGGAGAGAGGAUGAUAAGGAGUCUGUUAAAAAGUUGUUAUUGGAUUCCAAUAUGAGUGAGAAGAAUGUUUCCAUAAUUCCCAUAGUUGGGAUUGGUGGACAAGGAAAGACCACACUUGCGCAAUAUGUGUACAACGACGAGGAGGUUCAAAGACAUUUUGACCUGAGGAUGUGGGCAUGUGUCUCUGAUCCUUUUGACGUGAAAACUAUCGUUGUAAAGCUCAUAGAAUCUGCGACUAAGGAGAGACCUAAAAGCUUUGAGAUGGAUCCAUUGCAAAGUGAGCUUCGAGCAAAAAUUGAUGGGAAGCGAUAUUUACUUGUUUUAGACGAUGUGUGGAAUGAGAAUCGUGGUACAUGGUCCAACUUAGAAAAGUUGUUAGUGGGUGGCCAGAGAGGAAGCAAAGUUUUGAUUACUACACGUAGCGAAAAGGUUGCAAAGAUUACAGGUACAGUUUCACCAUAUCCUUUGAGAGGUUUAUCUGAAAACAAUUCUUGGAAUUUAUUUAAGAAAAUGGCAUUUAAAGACGGGGAAGAGGCAAAUAAUCCAAAGCUAUUAGAAAUUGGAAGGGAGAUCAUACAAAAGUGUGCACAAGUUCCUCUUGCUAUAAGGAGCAUUGGGAGUCUAUUAUAUUUCAAAAAUUCAGAAGAUGAUUGGUUGUACUUUAAAAACCAUGAACUUUACAAAAUAACUCAACAAGAAAAUGAUAUUUUUCCAAUACUUAAGUUGAGUUAUGAUCAUCUCCCAUCACACUUGAAGCAAUGUUUUGCCUUUUGUUCGGUGUUUCCAAAAGAUUAUGAAAUUGAAAUGGAGGUGUUGAUUCAGUUAUGGAUAGCUCAAGGCUUUCUUCAUUCAUCAUAUGGAAAUAGACAUCUUGAAGAUAUUGGUCGCGAAUAUUUUAUGGAUUUGCUUUGGAGGUCGUUUUUCCAAGACGUACAAAGAGAUAGAGUUGGUGAAAUAGAAAAGUGCAAAAUACAUGACCUUAUUCACGAUCUUGCACAGUCAGUAGCAGGUGAGGAGUGCACAAUUUUAUAUCCAGAUGGAGAAAAAGUAGUUGGAAGAACUCGUCAUGUGGCAUUUCAUUCUUCAGAUUCAUUACCGGAUAUUCUUGCUCUUUUGCCCAAGCCUAACAAAAUGAGAACACUUCUUCUACGCAUUCCAAUAUUUCCAGGACCUAAUGAUAGGCUUAACUUGAACAAUGUGGUACUUGAGUUGAAUAAGCCAGUCUCUAAUACACUUAUUUCGAGUUUUAAAUGCUUGCGUGCUUUGAAUUUGAGUCGGUCGAGCAUUCAAAAAGUGCCGAAUUCCAUUGGCAAGCUAGAGCAUUUAAGAUUUUUAGAUCUGUCUAGGAAUGAAAAUAUCAAACUACUCCCCGCUUCUAUAACUAAAUUGCAGAAUUUGCACACACUAAGACUUGACUAUUGUCUUAAACUUAAGGAAUUGCCAGAAGACACUAGAAACUUGAUCAGCCUCAGGCAUCUUGGGCUAUUGAAGUGUGAUAGCUUGACUCAUAUGCCUCGUGAACUUGGAAAGUUGACUGCUCUUCAAACUCUGUCACUAUACAUUUUAGGGAAGAAAAAGAGUUCUCUCUCCAAGCCAAUGGGUGGGCUAGGGGAUUUGGAUGGUUUAAAUGAGUUGAGAGGAAUCUUUUGGAUCAAGGGUUUAGAGCACUCGAGAUCUUCUCCAUCAGAAGCAAAGGCUGCAAACUUAGAGAGGAAGCGACAUCUUCAAUAUCUGAUAGCUGAGAGGAAUGAGCUUCGUGAUGAGAAGCAGAGGCUCAAGGAGGGCAAAGAGAAGUUGGAGGAGCAAGUGAAAGUAAUGAGUGCUCAACCAGGCUCCCUGCCUCAUCCCUCUGCAAUGUUGGGUACAUUUUCUGCUCAAGCUGAUGCCUUUCAUUGGUUGUCCCAACAUGGCAAUUCAUGA